AUGUCAUCAUCAAAUAACAAUUUACAAGUAUUCAAGGCACUUGAUGGUGCAAAAACCCAAUGGUACCACUUCACUGCAAUUGUAAUAGCUGGAAUGGGCUUUUUCACUGAUGCUUAUGAUCUGUUUUGCAUCUCUUUGGUCACUAAGAUCCUGGGCCGGAUUUACUACCACGUACCGGGCUCUCUCAAGCCCGGAAGUUUACCUCCGGAGGUCUCUGCUGCCGUUAACGGUGUCGCCCUAGUUGGUACGCUAACGGGCCAACUCUUUUUCGGGUGGCUUGGUGAUAAACUUGGAAGGAAAAGGGUUUACGGCAUUACACUAAUGCUUAUGUGUUUAUGUUCCAUUGCUUCGGGCUUGUCGUUUGGGAGUAGCCCGAAGUCGGUUAUGACUACUCUUUGCUUUUUUCGGUUUUGGCUUGGGUUUGGGAUCGGUGGUGACUACCCGCUUUCGGCGACUAUCAUGUCUGAGUACUCGAAUAAGAAAACCCGAGGAGCGUUUAUCGCGGCGGUGUUUGCUAUGCAAGGUUUUGGUAUUUUAGGAGGUGGGGUUUUCGCGAUAAUAAUCUCUUCGGUGUUUGAUGCAAAGUUUAAGGCUCCGCCUUACGAGGUUGACCCGAUCGCGUCGACUGUUCCCGAGGCGGAUUACGUGUGGAGGAUCAUUCUAAUGGUGGGGGCGCUUCCGGCCCUUAUGACUUAUUAUUGGCGAAUGAAGAUGCCCGAAACAGCCCGUUACACUGCCUUAGUCGCUAAAGAUGGUAACAAGGCGGCAGAGGACAUGUCAAAAGUUUUGCAAAUGGAAAUCAAACCCGAACAACAAAAGAUCAACCAAGUUGUUGGGAAAUCUGGCAACGAUUUCGGGCUUUUCAGCAAGGAUUUCCUUAGACGACACGGUUGGCAUUUACUCGGAACAACCACCACUUGGUUUUUACUCGACAUCGCUUACUAUAGCCAAAACCUGUUUCAAAAGGACAUAUUUAGUGCCAUUGGUUGGAUUCCAGCAGCAAGUAAGAUGAAUGCGAUUCACGAAGUUUAUCGAAUCGCAAGAGCCCAAACACUUAUCGCGCUAUGCAGUACUGUUCCUGGAUACUGGUUUACCGUUUUCCUAAUCGAUAGGAUUGGUCGUUUUAAAAUCCAGCUACUCGGGUUUUCAAUGAUGACAAUCUUUAUGUUCGCAUUAGCCUUUCCUUACAACCACUGGAUUCACCCACAAAAUAACAUAGGAUUUGUGGUGUUGUACUCAUUAACAUUCUUUUUCGCAAACUUUGGGCCAAACGCGACAACUUUUGUCGUCCCCGCCGAGAUUUUCCCAGCCCGUCUACGUUCCACUUGCCACGGUAUCUCAGCAGCAUCAGGCAAAUUAGGCGCGAUUGUGGGUGCUUUUGGGUUCUUGUACUUGGCUCAAAAUCAAGAUCCAAAGAAGGCAGAUGCAGGGUACCCUGCCGGUAUUGGUGUCAAAAACGCGCUGAUCGUGUUGGGUGUGAUCAAUCUUUUGGGAACAUUCUUUACGUUUUUGGUGCCCGAAUCGAAUGGCAAGUCACUUGAGGAGGUGUCUGGCGAGAAUGAAGAAGAGGAACUUCCAAAUUCACGUUUACCAGUUUAAAGUUGAGCCUGCCGGCCAUUCUUCUAUUCAUUUACUUUAGUUCACAAGUAGGAUUAAGAUUCUAGGUUUAUUUUCUGGUUUGUUAUGUUUUAUAGUUUUACUUUUUGGUAAAAGAUGGUAUGAGGAUUAUGUUAAAUUUUCU